GGCCAGGCCGCGUACACAGCAAGGUAGAACCGAAGCGGGGGGAGAGAGAGGAGAGCAGAGGAGAGGAGAGAAGAGCGAGCGAGAUGAGGGAGCUGGCCUCCUCCUUUGCGGCCGGGGCCGCCGCUACCUCCGGUGCCUACUCCUCCUCUGCAUCCGCCGCGCUCCGGGGCUGGUGGAACGACGUCAACGAGUCGCGCCAGUGGCAGGACGGGGCCUUCUUCUCCCUCGCCGCCGCAUACGCCCUCGUCUCGGCCGUAGCACUGAUUCAGCUCAUCAGGAUCCAGCGACGGGUGCCCGAGCUCGGAUGGACCACACAGAAGAUCUUCCACCUCAUGAACUUCCUUGUCAACGGGGUUCGUGCUCUCGUAUUCGGCUUCCACGUCCAUGUUUUCCUCCUCCGCACAAAAGUAUAUAAGCUGGUGUUACUUGAUCUCCCCGGCUUGCUCUUCUUCUCCACAUACACCUUACUCGUCCUAUUCUGGGCAGAAAUAUACCAUCAGGCUAGGAGUCUCCCAACGGACAAGCUAAGGCCCGCAUACAUUGCCGUUAACAGCAUCAUAUAUGUAGUUCAGGUUUGCAUAUGGAUAUACCUCGGAAUAAAUGAUAAUGCGGCCGUUGAGCUGGCCAGCAAAAUCUUCAUUGUAGCUGUCUCCUUCGUCGCCCUUCUUGGCUUUUCAGUAUAUGGUGGAAGGUUAUUCUUCUUGCUGAGACGUUUCCCUAUUGAAUCAAAGGGGCGGCAAAAGAAGCUUUAUGAGGUUGGGACUGUGACAGCAAUUUGUGUGACCUGCUUCCUGAUAAGAUGUGUCGUGGUGGCAUUAUCUGCAUUUGAUCCCGACGUAUCUCUGGAGGUUUUGGACCAUCCAAUCCUAGACUUGUUCUACUACACGCUGACGGAGAUAUUGCCAUCUGCGCUAGUCCUCUUCGUCCUACGGAAGCUUCCCCCCAAGCGGGUAUCGGCACAAUACCACCCCAUUAACUAGAGAGAUUUUGUGAUGUUAUAUGGUACUAAGAAAGUAUGGAUGAGCUGGAAAAGCUGCAAACCUACAUCCAGUUGAGUUGAAUGCUUUUGCUUGCUGUUGUGUUUAUGGAAGCAUGGAAGCACUGGUGGUGAUGCAUCGUCAUCAUAUCAUAUGAGAAAAGAGUUUUGGUGUUGAAUGGCACUAAUGAAACUGGAGACUCAUUUUGUGGUUGAA